UGCUUCGAAACAUAAGACAAGAUAUCAUCUACGGAUAUAUUAGGGGAAAGCAAAGAAAUAUGCAGCCACUUCAUUUUCGGUAUAACAGUCAGUUCAUUAUUAUUGAUGUUCUUCACACCGAUGACCAAGGGUUGUUUUAACUUCCUGCGACUACCUUUGGAGACAGUAUUCCACUUGGGUGUUUGACUAGCACUUGAUAUAUUCGCAUUGACAGCAAUAGGAUCAUCAGUCCGAACAUUCUGAGCAGAUGGAAUAGACGACAAAGUAGGCAAAUCGGCAGCAACACUAGAAUACGUUGUUUGUUUAUUAAGGCUCUGUUAUGCAUACUUGGCAGUGCAUUGCACAUUUAAGCAGUGCAUGUGAAACUUUGUGCUGAUUAUACUUCACACAGCACAUACAAUAUUUCAAAAUCAGCUGUUUGCAGCUUACAUUAAUUUUGCUAUUAUUUUGAUCAUUUCAAAAUCAUAAAAUUUUCUCCAAAACCGCAGAGAGUUAAAUCGGCCAGGACAUGGAUGAAUCAUUUUUGGAUUUGGUUUUCAUUAAUAUUUGCCGACUUCAAAAUAAGCGAAAACAAUGCAGGCGGAAUCGUCACUGGGCGGAAUCGUCACUGGGCGGUUCAUCCCGUUAAUAGAGAUCGGUUGCCAAAUGGGUAUUUUAAGAAAGUCUUCUUAAAAUCAAAACCCGUUGAUAGUAAACUUUUUCUAUUAACAAAGAUGAACCGUUCAGUGUACAAUUUGUUAAUCAAUUUAUUGCGAGCUUUCCUCGAAAAGCCCAAGCAACAAAUUAGUGCAGAAGAGCCCCUUGUAAUAACGUUAAUGUAAUGAAAUUAUUGCUUCGAUGCAUAAAAUGGGCAGAACAACGGUCCGCAACAUUGUGUUUGAGACGUGUGAGCUAUUAUGGACCACCUUAUCACCAACAUAUCUCAGCGAACCGACUACGACUCAAUAUAAGCAUAUUGCGGAUGAUUUUUUUAAUCUGUGGAAUAUCCCAAAUUGUGUCGGAGCGGUUGAUGGAAAGCACGUUGCCAUCAUAUGUCCUAAAAACUCUGGCUCGUUGUACUACAACUAUAAAAAAUUUUAUAGUAUUGUAUUGAUGGCAACCUGUGAUGCGAAGUAUACGUUCACAUCAGCCAGUAUAGGAAGCUAUGGAGGACAAAGUGAUGGAGGUGUUUUCCAACAAUCAGCCUUCGGACGUGCUCUUCUAGAGAAUAGAUUGCCACUACCACCGAAAGCCCCUCUGUGGAAUGGAGACACAGAGAAUUUCCCACAUUUUUUUGUGGGCGAUGCUGCGUUUCCUCUCAAGGAAAACUUAAUGCGUCCGUACCCUGGCACCCAACUUACUCGAAGCAAGGAAGUUUUCAAUUACCGGCUAUCGCCAGCUCGCCGCGUAAUAGAAAACAGUUUCGGAAUUUUAACUGCUCGGUGGCGUGUCCUGCGGCAAGCAAUUGACUGUACUCCAGAAAAUUGCGAGAAAAUUGUGUUGGCGUGUUUAGUUCUGCACAACUUUGUGAUGCUUAACGAUCACAAACGUUGGUAUUGCCCAGAUCAAUAUGUGGACGCAUAUAGCACGGAGUAUGGCACAGUAAAUGGAGAAUGGCGUAAUGAGUUGGAAAGUAUUGGUGGUCCAUUGCCAUCAAUAACUUCUUCACGACGCAACGCAACUUCUGCAGCAUUUCGUAUGAGGGACAGAUUGGCGGAUUACUUUUUAAAUCAAGGGGCGGUUACAUUUCAGUAAAAUAAAUAUAGUUAUAAAUAUAUGUAUAUCGUCGCCUAAGAGAGUAAACUUGUUAACCCUCCACAGAAAUUUUUUACCGCAGAUAAGAAACUGCUAAUAUUCUUGUUAGCAAGUGGUUUACUUUAUAAUACGGUGUACGCAUUAGGCGAUUUUCCAGCCAAUUUUAGAGGCGAUUAGUUGAAUCAAAAGUUGGCCGCACCCCAACUUCAUUGGAAGCAAUUAGUUGAAAGGCCGUUCACACCAGGCGAUUUUGCUUUCAACUAAAAGUUACCUGUAAAAUCGCCUCACGCGUAUAAGCAACACUGCGCUGAAAAUUUGCUAUGAGGGGUUAACAAAUUUACACUCUUAGGCAAAUUCAUAUAAUAAUGUGCAAAUUUCAGAUCUCUAAAAACUCGCGUUGAUUUUUGAGAACUUUUUUGCUGGCUGUCC